AGUUACACUGAUUGGCCAAUGAAAGUGAAGGCUUUGCCUCCAUACCCAGCUCUGAUUGGCCUACAAUCCGGAACAGGCGUUAACCCCAGGAAGGCAGUAGCAAGAUGGCGUCCCUGGAUCGGGUGAAGGUACUGGUAUUGGGAGACUCAGGUGUUGGGAAAUCUUCACUAGUUCAUCUUCUGUGUCAAAAUCAAGUACUGGGAAAUCCGUCAUGGACUGUAGGCUGCUCAGUAGAUGUCAGGGUUCAUGACUACAAAGAAGGAACCCCAGAAGAGAAGACCUACUAUAUAGAAUUAUGGGAUGUUGGAGGUUCUGUGGGCAGUGCCAGCAGUGUGAAAAGCACAAGAGCAGUAUUCUACAACUCUGUAAAUGGUAUUAUUUUAGUACACGACUUAACAAAUAAGAAGUCAUCCCAAAACUUGCAUCGUUGGUCACGGGAAGCUCUCAACAGGGAUUUGGUGCUGACUGGAGUCUUGGUAACAAAUGGGGAUUAUGACCAGGAACAAUUUGCUGAUAACCAUAUCCCGCUGUUGGUAAUAGGGACUAAACUGGACCAGAUUCACGAAACCAGGCGCCAUGAAGUUUUAACUAGGACUGCUUUUCUGGCUGAGGAUUUCAAUGCAGAAGAAAUUAAUUUGGAUUGCACAAAUCCACGGUACUUAGCUGCAGGUUCUUCCAAUGCUGUCAAGCUCAGUAGGUUUUUUGAUAAGGUCAUAGAGAAGAGAUACUUUUUAAGAGACAGCAAUCAGAUUCCAGGGUUUUCUGAUCGGAAAAGAUUUGGGGGAGGAACAUUAAAGAGCCUUCAUUAUGACUGAAUUACACUCAACCUUUGGAAGAGUGAGCAAGCAGUGGCUGUUUUUCACAGCUUUCUUCUUGCUGUGUCAAUUAUUAAUGUCUCAGCCUUUUAACAAAAUCAUCUUAAAAUGUUACCCUUCAGCCUCACCCUUUACUGGAAAACUGAAAGGAAGUAACAGCAUUGGAAGUCCAAACUUUGUCCUCAUUCUCUCUGUUCCUCACCUUUCCGUCCCUGUUUAUAGAUUAUGUAAAAGCCUUGUGGAAAUAUGAGAUGUCGUCACAAUGAUGCAGUAAAUGAGCAGGGACAGAGUGCUGCAGAGAAAAUUUACUCUUGCCUAGAACUAGAUGGUUUUUAUGGGUCUGUAAUUUUCCCACACUCCUUGCUGAAGGCUUAAUUAAGUACUUCAAAAACGUAUCUCUGUUGUUUUACCUUCUUGAGGGGAAAGGUUAUGUUAACCAGCCCUGAGUCGUCCACCCUAAACAAUCUCUGUCAUUUUCACAGAAGCAAAAUGGUGUUAUUUAGUUGUCUCCACCCUCAUCACACAUAGGAUGCCUAAUAAUAGCAACCCUUGUUCCCUCUCCUCUCCUUUACAAAUGGUUCAGUGGCUGGAAGAGGUGGACUAAUGGCUAGAGUUAAAUAUAAAUAGAUUAAUAAUACAUAGAGAACAGCAGUACCAGAAAAGAAUUCUGCAAGAAAUUGACAGCUCUCUAAAUCCUUCAGUCUUUAGGUUACAGCUGUCUGCAGUCUCUCAGUGUUUUCUGUUUGGGAAUAGGGUGACAUCUAAGACCUGCACAAGGGCAGUAAGAAAGAUUUAUAGCCUGUUCAGAUUUUAUUUUUUUUGAAGGAAAACCCACCUCCUGAAAUGUCUUUUAACUGUAGUCCAUAAACUAAGAAUAUCAUUCUUUGUGUCAACAAUGUAUUUAUGGAGAGAGGUAAAAAUAAGUUCCACAGCAACAUAUUUACAUGAAUUAUGGACUAGGAUUCUUAGAUUUCAUAAUCCAAAAUUUGGAGGGGUGUAUAUGCAUAAUCGUUCAUCUUUUUUUUUUUUACCCAUUGUUUUGCUUAUUUAAUUCUCUGUCCUCAUUCUUUUAAUAUAUAAAUCUAGUUUCCAAGAUCUGUAAUUUGCUGCCUUAUUUAACACCUUUUCACCCGUAUCCUGUCUCCAGCUCUGCUGCAGGUCUCCGCACUCCUGAUUUUGCUCCAUAUUAAAAUAUAAUAGUAAUAAAUACAAAGUUUCAGCUUCUCAUUUUAAAACUAGAUGGAAAAAUACUAUAUUCACUUUUUAUUCCAUUUUAAUUAAAUUUCAGAAGUACUUUGGAAAUCAAGGUAUGCUGAAAGGGGGUGUUAAAAUAAGAAUGUUAGAGAGUGAUUUUAGAAAGGCAGUCUUGGGAAUUCGAAAAGAAUGUUUAAAGCACUUUUCAUCAGCUAGAAUAUUCUCCAGUCUUUCUUCGCAUCCUCCCCCACAAGACUUAGUCCUGAUUUCUUCUUUGACAUAAAAGAGAGCUAUGCAAAUCAGGAUCUGUAUGUAGAAUUUGGCACAAGUGUGUUGUAACAGAGGCUGUGCUGUUAGGAAGUGGAAACUGAAUGCAGAACAAAGACUUAAACCAACUAAGCUCUUUGUAGUCCUCCUUUAAAUAAUAAAUCAAUAACUCCUUGCUUCUCCUCUUCCUCUUUCUUUCCCUUAAUUUAAAAAAAAAAAAAAAUCUGCCCUAAUUUAUUUUCUCCCCUCUUAAAAAAUAAAAUAAAAGUAGCCCUGAUGGCUUCAGGGUCAACCUUGAAAAAUUAACAUUACUCCCCAACUCUAUUUCUUCUUGCUGUCAGGCUUAACUCCUUGAAUUAUAGUUUUGUAAGAAAAAUUUUUUAAAUAAUUUAAGGUAAGCUUGCAAGUAUUAGUAGCAACAAAAUGAAGUAUUUGCCAAAAUGAAUAUUAGCCAAGAGUUCUUCAAAAAGAAUAUUUUGAAGCAUAAUUUUUGCUGAGACUUCCUGAGACCUCAUAAAAAUUGCUUUUAGAUAAUAAGUGUAAACAGCAAAAUACAUUCUAAAAAAUGUUAAUCGAAUCUAAUUUUCUUAACUUUCUUGUUGGAACAAGUUGCUAACGAUAAAGUUUUUUUUUCUGUUGUGACUUAAAUGUCUAACCGACGUUCUUACUCAUUGUGGAGGCAACCAGAAAUGACGUCAUAUAGCCAGUCGUCUGUCCUUCAGGUAGCGAACCCUUAGUUAGAAAAUAUUUGGGUUGGUCUCUUCACCUGAAUGCUCUAAGAAGAGCUGCUCCCAAAGGGGUUGAUCCAUAUCAGCUUUAUCUUGGGUUCUCAAGAUAUUGAGACAUCCAUGACAUAAUCCAAGUCACUUGACACUGCUGUUUUUCUGUCCAUUCUGAAAAUGAUGGCAUGGAACUGAGCCAUCAGACUGAAAUGAAGAGACCUUUAUUGCUGUCAUAAUCAGAGCUUUUGAGUCUUAAUUUCAAUAGUGUGUGCUGUAGUACCCAACCUAGAUAGGUAGGCCCUUGUACAUUUAUUUAAUGUUGGUUUAAUUGAAAAUUUUAAAGCACAGGUAGCACCUAUUUUAAGAUUGAAGGUCUUGACAAGCUGUCUGCAUUAAUAACUGUUAAAAUUCAAAGGAAGGUACUGUUUAGGGGAAGGAAGAAGAAAAAUAAAAAAUUCAUUUCUCUGUAGUCCCAAGACGGAGUGAAAUCGCUGUGGUAGGAGAGGGAGGGUCCCAGGAAAUCUAGCCCUUAGGAGAACCCCGAGCCUCAAAUAUUCCACAGUAUGCUUGAUGCAAAAUUGGAGCUGGAGUCUGCCAAAGCUGCUCCAUAAAGGAGGAAAGGGCUCUGACUUCCAGUUACAAUUAAUCAGCACCUCCAUUUACAUACUUAAAGCAAUAGCAUUCAAACUCAAAAGUGCAUAAAAAUGCUCUGAAGUGCUUCUUUAAAAUGCAGUUCCCAGGACUUACUUGCUCUCCCCACCCAACUCUUGCCCCAUUUCUAUGUGUAUGGGAUAGGACCAAGAUUUUGUACUAUUGGCCCUUGAAUAACACAGGUUUGAACUGCACAGAUCCACGUAUACAUGGAUUUUUUUUUCAAUCAACUACCACAUCUGUUUUCUCAGCAGGCUAACCAUUAAGCUUUACCAAGGUCAUCAAUAAGUAAUGGUGAAGAAAGAAGCCCCCAAGGUACAAGUGUGUAAAAUCUUGCUCAGUACCAUAAAGUUUAUCAGGUAAUCUAUCAGUUCCAUCUUUUUCUUGGUGGCAUCUGUCCUGGAGUCCUCUAACCUCUAAAUCCAUUCUAGAAUGGUUGCUCUGUAAACCUGUCACACCCUCCUUCACGUUACCUGUAAUAAUCCCCAGCUUCCUGGAUGUCAUGUUUUCCACUUUUCUUGCUGUGAAUCAGUGGUCUUUCAACUGGAUGAGUUCAAAUAUCCCCUCCAAGAAGUACAUGGGCCCUAUCCAUCUCUUAUUCUAUAUGACUUGGCUCAGAUACAAUCUUUGGGAAGCCAUCCCUUCCUUAGUCAGGGCUAGGUGGCCCCUAAUCCCUCCCAUAGCAACGUGGGCUCUUCUUGUCAUAGCACGUAUGGCACUGUGUUGUAAUAGCCCAUUUAUCAGUCAGUCUUCUGUAGUACAGUGCCCUACUAGAGAACGGGACUGAGUCUUAGUUAUCUUUGUCUCUACAUCUCACAGUGUCUGGCACAUAGUAGGUCCUCAACAAUUGUAAACUAAAGAAGUUGUGAUUACAUUAAUUAAAGUGGAAAAUCAAUCAGA